GCUGGCGUGAGUCGUAGCUUUUGAGAUGUCAGGGUGGAAUCAGAGUGGUAUCAACUUGAUCAACUGCUUUUUUCAUUUUUCUGAAUGGCAUCCUUUGGAAUAGCCUAGUCAGUUGGGGCUUGUGACGCCCAUAUCGCGCAAAUAAGGUUCUGAAGUCGAACUUGUUCAUUUUGUGUUCUAGACUGUAGUUUGUUUGAUUCAAAAUAGUUAGCCAUGUUUGUGAAGAGAGAUCCCAUCGCCAAAGCAACUGAAAUGGGUUGCUGUGGUUGUUUUGGAUUUGCAUUUUCAAGAAAGCCCAAAACCGUAGUAAGGCCUACCAGAGAAUUUGGAAAUCACCAUUCGAGGGAAUACCUGUUGGAGGAAGAGGAGGAAGAAUACGAGGAUGUGUCUUAUAAUGGUGACCUAACAGAGACCGAAAACCGGGAUGACAGUGAGUUUCAAAGUCCUGUCAGACGUUCUGAGGAGAUUCUUAGGUAUAGAAUUCAUAAUGGAUUGAUUUGCCGGGAAGUUCCAGUGAAGGAAACUAGCAAACUAGUACGAUCUGAAGAUGAAGAUGGUAAUAAGAUGAUUAAUGAGUACGUUCGCCAGCAUAAGAUCGGUUCUGGGAGCUAUGGGAAAGUGGUCCUUUAUCGCAGUACUACAGAUGGAAAAAACUAUGCAAUAAAGGCUUUUCACAAGUCACAUUUGCUAAAGCUAAGGGUUGCACCUUCAGAAACUGCUAUGACAGAUGUCCUCCGCGAGGUUUUGAUCAUGAAAUCCUUGAAACAUCCGAACAUAGUUAACCUUGUUGAGGUGAUUGAUGAUCCUACAACCGACCACUUUUACAUGGUUUUAGAGUAUGUCGAAGGCAAACUAUGUGAGGGUGCUGGUUUACCUGGUGGUCUUGGAGAAGAUACGGCACGGAAGCACUUCCGAGAUAUUGUUUGUGGUUUAAUGUAUCUUCAUGCUCACAAUGUGGUUCAUGGUGAUAUUAAACCAGAUAAUCUCUUGGUCACUGCUUCUGGAACAUUGAAGAUUGGUGAUUUCAGUGUCAGUCAGGUUUUUGAGGAUGAUAAUGAUGAACUUCGGCGCUCUCCUGGGACUCCUGUUUUUACUGCACCAGAAUGCUGUUUAGGUCUAACUUAUCAUGGCAAAGUUGCGGAUACAUGGGCAGUUGGAGUUACAUUAUAUUGUAUGAUUCUGGGGAAGUAUCCAUUCCUAGGGGACACCCUUCAGGACACAUAUGACAAAAUUGUUAACAACUCUUUAGACCUUCCUGACGAGAUGAAUCCCUUGCUGAAGGACUUAAUUGAGGGGCUUCUCUGCAAAGACCCUGAUCAUAGGUAUACGCUGAAGACUGUUUCAGAGCAUGCAUGGGUAAUUGGCGAAGAAGGUCAUAUUCCUCAGUAUCCGUGUUGGUGUAAGCGCAACAAACCAAAGGAAGGAACCUCAGAUGGGAGUAGAACUGAUCUUCUGAUUGACUAA